GUUAGCAGCAAAGCUAUGCUCGACUAGCAGUCAGCCUGCGGAAUGUUUUGAGAGGGGCUGCAAUGGAUGGAUGCUUGGCCACCUCGCAACAUUUCUGGCCAGACUAUACAAAAUAAUAUACAAAAUGAUCUUGAUUCGACAAACAUUAUCAUUUUAUGUAUUUAUAGUGGCUACGGGAAACUGCCAUAUAGAAGCGAUGCGUUAAUAUAAUUUUAGAAAAGAGCCUUUUAGUCAUAACACAACGAUUACCUCUAGGUGAAACAGUUUUAAGUGGCUACAAUCUGCUAGCCCCUCCUUGCUGUCUACCAACGCAGUCUUCUUAGGUUCUCUGCCUUAGGCAUGUUUUCCAAAAAGCCUCAUGGAGAUGUCAAAAAAUCAACACAGAAAGUGUUGGAUCCAAAGAAGGACGUAUUAACAAGACUGAAACAUCUAAGAAUUGUUAUUGAAAACGCUGACGCAUCAGAUUUGAAGCAUUUCUUUGAUGUGAACUACUCGCAUAUCUACUAUGUAUUCUUUGAAAACUUUGUAACCAUAGAAGUGAGCCUUAAACAAAAAGGUCACAAGUCACAGAGGGAAGAGCUAGACUCUAUUCUCUUCAUCUUUGAGAAAAUCCUUCAACUUCUUCCUGAGAGAAUCCAGAACAGAUGGCAGUUCCACAGCAUAGGACUCAUCCUCAAAAAACUACUGCAUACUGGAAACUCUCUGAAGAUUCGUCGAGAGGGUGUGAGGUUGUUUCUGUUAUGGAUGCAGGCUUUACAGAGCAAUGCCGAGCGAGAGCAGCUCUGCAUGUUUGCUUGUUUGAUUCCUGGUUUUCCAGCUCCACUCCUCCAUGGCACCCCACGUACUCUGGACACUUUGAUCAACCCUCCACUGAGCUUGACAGAGAGUUAG